GUCUAACGAUAUGGGUAUGGGUAGUGUCACUGACAGGACAUCGGGAGAAGUACUCCAUCAUGGCUGCCAAAGACUCUACUCCAGAACUGAUCAUUGCCAGAGUGAUCUCUAAGAGAACGGAGGACAUGGACAUAACCAAUCAUCAACGGAAGAAGUGCAUAGAGGAAUACAAGACUACCUAUGUUCUCAAGGUGUGCGGGUGUGAGGAGUAUCUACUUGAUGAUAAUUAUCCAGUGUCACAGUAUAAGUAUAUCCGGGAGUGUCUGCUGAAGAGCAAGAUUCCUGAACUGAUGCUGAUGUCCAAAGACACGGUCCUAAACAGUCUUCCGGACGUCCAUCUUCUUGUACCAUCGUACAUGAGACGAGCAUCUACCAUGCCUUCCAAUCAGACUACUACGUGUGUUUGGGAAGUGGAUGAGAACUUACAGGUCAAGAUCAACUUUGCUACCUAUGUCAAUGUAAAAGAACUAGACAAAAUAUACGUGAGAACAGGGAUUUAUCAUGGUGAAGAGUCCUUAUGUCCAAUAGUAUCAACGGAGCAGGUCCCUUGGUCAAAUCCUCGCUGGAAUGAGUGGUUGACCUAUGACAUCAAGGUUAAUGAUAUUCCUCGCAGUGCAAGGUGGUGUGUUUCAAUCUGCUCAUCAGAGAAGAGGAAAGGCAAAAAGGAGGGUGGGUUUGCGAUAGCAUGGGGCAACGUCAACCUGUUUGACUUCACCAACCGGCUGCAGAUGGGUAACAUGCGUCUCUACCUCUGGCCUCCACCUAAGGGCAAUGAUGACCUUCUCAAUCCUUUUGGGCAGACUGGACCUAAUCCUAACAAGGAUGCACCGUGCUUGGAGCUAGAGUUUCACCGCUACCCUCAUAGUCUUAUCUUCCCCUGUUACUCCCAGAUCCAGCAGUUUGCCUUCUUUGUCACCAAGGCUCAGAGAAGAGAAGAGAUCAAUGAAGAUGAAAUACCUCCAACAGAAGAGGAGUUAGAACAGCUAGAAGAGAUCUUGAAUAGAGACAGACUUCAUGAGAUGUCAGUACAAGAGAAGGAACUUGUUUGGAAACUCAGACUAGUAUGCAGAGAUCACCCUUACUCACUACCCAAGCUUCUUAGUUCUGUUAAAUGGUAUAGCAGAGAAGAUGUAGCUCAGCUAUAUGUUCUCCUAAAGGACUGGCCUGACAUGGAUGCAGAGACUGCUCUAGGUCUCCUAGAUUGUAGCUAUGCUGAUCUUGGUGUCAGGACGGAAGCAGUCAAUUGUUUAGACCGUAUGUCUGAUGAACAGGUUUCACAGUACUUACUUCAACUUGUACAGGUUUUGAAGUAUGAGUCUUACCUAGACAACCCUCUGGCCAGGUUUCUUCUCAAACGAUCUCUCUACAACCAAAGGAUUGGACAUUUCUUCUUCUGGCAUCUUAGAUCUGAGAUGCACAAGCCGAGUGUUAGUAGACGGUUUGGUCUGAUGUUGGAAGCCUACUGCAGGUCUCUUGGACCAUACCUCAAGCUAUUGGUCCGACAGGUGGAGGCUCUAGACAAACUAUCUAAACUAACUGAAUCACUGAAUGAGAGAAAGGAUGAUACAAACAGGGAUCGAUUGAAAUAUCUCACAGAGCACAUGGCUCAGCCAGACUUCUUUGAAGCUCUCCAGGAAUUCCCAUUGCCUUUGAAUCCAUCCUUUUCCCUGGGCAAGCUUAGAGUGGACAAGUGCAAGAUCAUGUCAUCAGCAAAGCGCCCUCUAUGGCUAGAAUGGGAGAACCCUGAUCAGAUGUCUCUUUCCAUGUGUGAAGAUCUUAAGAUUAUCUUCAAGAGAGGGGAUGACCUGAGACAAGAUAUGUUAACACUUCAGAUGAUACAGAUAAUGGAUUCAAUAUGGCAGCAGCAUGGUUUAGACCUCAAGAUGACGCCUUAUCGUUGCCUAGCAACUGGUAACAUGACCGGUUUGAUUGAGGUUGUAAGGAAUUCAUCUAACAUCUAUGACAUCCAGCAUAAGGCUGGUAUCAUGAGUACAUUACAGCUGAAGAGUGGUGUUAUUCAUCAGUGGAUCAAGGAAAAGUGCAAAGGAUCUCAAUAUGAUGCUGCUAUUGAUACAUUCACCAAGUCAUGUGCAGGAUACUGUGUAGCUACCUUCAUCUUAGGUAUAGGAGAUAGACAUAGUAGUAAUAUCAUGGUAUCACAACAAGGACAGAUCUUCCAUAUAGACUUUGGUCAUUUCCUUGGUCAUGUCAAGAAGAAAUAUGGCAUCAAAAGAGAGCGGGUGCCCUUUGUCCUAACAGAAGACUUCCUCAAGGUUAUUACUAAAGGCAAUGACAUCUCAAAGAGUCAAGAGUUUAAGAAGUUCCAGGAGCUAUGCUGUCAGGCCUACCUGAUCCUCCGUGACCAUGCCAAUCUCUUCAUCAGUCUCUUCACCCUAAUGCUUGGUACUGAGAUUCCUGAACUCCAAUCUAUUGAUGAUGUUGGCUAUCUUCACAAGACGCUGGCUGUUGGUAAGACAGAGAAUGAGGCCUUGGAGUACUUCUUGAAGCAGCUGAACGAUGCGCAUGGUGGAGGAUGGACCACUAAGAUGGACUGGCUGUGUCAUGCACUUAAACAUGGUAUAUGAAUGAAGGUGGGAAAGAACGCCUUCUUAGAUCAACUUCUGGUUUCAGUCAGGAUGUAGAACAACUGAACAGGAGAUGAUGGACUGGUUAAUUCGUACUCUUUCAAACAUGGCAUAUGUAAAGCUGCAGGCAGGUUAUCGUUGAAGUAGGUUAGCUGCAGUUGGGAGAAAACAGUUCUAGAUCAGUUAGGUUACGUGGUAUGAGAACACUUUCAUGUUAUACCUGGUAGAUAAGUGUAUUACAUCAAUGGACUAGCUCUGCUGUGUAGGUCAAACAUAGUGUUGGGAUAGAACAUUUCUAGGUUCAAUGUUUAGGUCAGUUUAAUAUGAAAGUGCUGUAGUCAGGAUCCUUUUUUAGUUGCUGCCUUCUGCAGGUGAAGUUCUGAAUGAUGGUCUACUAAAGUUGAAUACUAAAGUUCUGUUCUGCACCCAAACAUAGAACAUGCAGCAGGUCUAUUUAUUUCUGUUACAUUGUCUAAUACAUGGUUAGAUUUGCACACAUUGAAGUUCCAUCUUUUUGUUUUGUCAUAAUCUGUAAAUGUGAAUUUUGUUGUAAAGACAAAUACCUGGCCAUACUCUCCCUUAUUGAAACUCUUCUCUAUGCAUUCUGAAGUUUUGUGUGUGUAGUGAGAGAGAGAGAUAAGUUGGUCUGUCUUGGAAGAAGUCCACAAGAAAAUACUUCUACCCCCCCCCCUUUUUUUUUUUAUAUGAAAAAAAAAUCCCAAAUCAGGAAAAUCAUGAAUAUAAUAGAAAAAGGCAACAAAUUUGAAAAUAUAUGGUCACAAAACUGGCUUGUACAGUUUACAAUUGGAUUCAUUUUGAAGUGUUAUAGGUCAAGUCCAAUUUGAACAAGUACAGUAAAACCAAUCAAGAAUAGCACUGAUGAUUUUAUCAAAAAUAAGAUGUAAAAUAAAAAGUUAUGAAAUUUAUAAUAUUUGCUUGGAUGAACAAAACAUUUAUAUUCACAACGCAGGCAGUAUACAAUGAGGAAGCUGAUGAUGUCACAUACUAUUUAUUUUGUAUUUUAUUGUCUGAAAUUUCAAAAAUUGAACUGAUUCCUCUAUGAUUUGGUAGAGGAUCCACUAUAUUAUCAAAUGUA